CAACAACAACAACAACAACAACAGCAGUACAGUCGAAUGACCGAAUCAAGAAAUAUUCAGCGUUGUUCCCCAUCAUUAAGAAGCGCCUCAUUGGUAUCGAAUCACGAUGAUCGAGCUCUAACCUCUGCAUCACAACGUAAACAACGAACUAUUUAUGGAGCAUCUCAAACUCGUGUUCUUGAAAGAGCCUUCGAGGAACAGCAGUACAUGGUUGGCACAGAACGUGAACUACUAGCUGAACGUUUGGGUCUUAGUGAAGCACAGGUGCGAGUUUGGUUUCAGAAUCGACGAAGUAAAUGGCGUAAGCAGGUUCGAGUGAAUGCAUGUUGUCGAUGA